AAUGCCAAAGUGUUUUGAAGUAUACAAAAAUAUUAAUUUUCAGAAACAACACCAACCAGUGUGAACUUGUAAGUUGAACGAUUCACAUAUCCUCACUUACAAUUAGCCACAAAGAAAAAAGAAAUCCACAAUCUAUUGCAUACACGUUGGAAAACAAUUAAUUUUUUGAUAUCUGGCACAUAGUUGAAACAAGUUCAUUACAUUUGAAUAUGCAAGGAAGUUACAAGAACCAGGGUCUUCCAAGGCCAUACUAUAUGAAGCCAACUGCCAUGAAGAAGAACUCGCCUUAUAAUAAGGCGCCACAACUGUUUUUCAGUACUCCAAGAAGGAAAGUCUUGGGGUAUAUUGUGUUGAUUUUUCUUUUCGGAACAUGCAUGUACUUAAUAUCUCAAGAUAUUAAGACCCAACCAGAUCCAGUAUACACCGUCGUGAAACCAGAUGCUUCUAUAAACUUGGAUAAAAUGGUCAUAUCAGCCAAGGAUGCUGACAAGGAGGCCGACAAAGUAGGCUUAGCGGGAAAUUUGGCUCAAGGAUCCAAGGGAGAAAUUGGAAUGGGUGUAGCUGAAGCUCCAAAGGGAGGCAUUGCCAAUGAAGCCCCAGUAGUUGGAAACGAUAAGAAUGACGUUGUAGACGGUGGCCAAGGAGGCAAGCCUUUAAAAAGAGGUGGGGUCCAGGCCAUAAAAGAGGUAUAAACUUUAAAUCAAACAAAAAACACUGGAGAUCAUGAAGUAAACUCAUAUUGAUAUUUCCUAGUGGAUGAACAAUAAAACAAGAC